AUGGAUGGUUUGAUCUUUCUCUUCAUUUUCGUUUUGUUCAAUGCAUUACUUUUAUUUGCAAUCAAUGCUCAAAGAAACUCUUCAUUCAGCAUUGACCUUAUUCAUCGCGACUCGACAUUAUCCCCACUUUACAACAAUUCCGUCAUCAAUGGAGUCAAUCACUUCGAUUCUUCUAUGUAUAUUGAUUCGAAAUAUGUUCAGUCCGAGAUGAGCCACCAAUCGGGAGAGUAUCUCAUGAAGAUUCAAAUAAGUGAGUCAUAUGAAGUUGUUGCUAUAGCAAGUAUGAUUAGUGACCUAAUUUGGAUACAAUGUGAUCCUUGUGAUGGUUGCUACCCUCAAAAUAAACCCUACUUUAAACCGGGUGGCUCAACGUACAAACGAGUUCCCUUUGAAUCACACUUUUGCAAGGCUCUAGGACGUAUUAAGCGUGGGGAACGAAAAGGCGAGUGUCUGUAUAAAAGAUACAAAUCUAGCGAGCAUAAAAUUACAUCUGGAGUGUUGAGCACCGAGACCUUCUACUUGCAAUCCCCAGAUUACAAACCUCAACCUUACCAAAAAAUAGUUUUUGGAUGCGGAACGGACAAUGCGAUGAUCGUCUCCAUGGAUGUUCAAGGCGUGGUUGGGCUUGGACGAGGGGAUUUGUCCCUGGUUUCUCAACUGGGAUCUAAGAUUAGUGGAAAAUUCUCGUAUUGCUUGCGUAAGAAUCACAUGAAUACAAUUACUAAGCUUAAAUUCGGACCACAACCACCAAUCCAGAAGAAAACAUCUACACUCAAGCUUUUUACACAGCCUGAUUCAUCUUCUUCCUUGUAUGUCCUUAACCUCAAAGAAAUUCGCAUUAAGGGUAAGAAACUUGAGGUAUCUGAACUGAAUCGUGAUAUGGUACUCGAUAUUGGGACAACUGUGACAAAAUUGCAUUGGCGCAUAUACGAUAGUCUAAUCGCUAGUUUACGAGAAGUGAUUGGUGAUGAGAUAAAACCAGUAGAAGAUCCAACUGGAAAGUACAGCCUUUGCUAUAAGAACAAAGAUAUCUCCGGCGUAGCGAUCCCCGAUAUGAUAUUCAAGUUUGCUAGUACAAAUUUUCUUUCUGGUUCAGAUCUUACUUUGACACCUUCUCACACAUUUCAAAAUCUUGGUGCUAAACUCUGUAUGCUGAUAAUCCGAAGCACUCAUGCUCAUGGUCGUUCUGUUCUUGGGAGCGCAGCACAGAAAGACUUUCGGGUGGAGUAUGAGGCCGGGAAGAACAAAGUCACUUUUAUUGAAACUAGUUGCGAAGAAAAUUUAGGGUAA